AUGGCUUUAAAAUUGUGUUCUAUGACUAUUGUAGCUCCUAGCUGUGAGCAUCCUUUCAUGGCAUCCUCGUUUACCUUUCUUUUCUAUUAGCAAAGUGAGUAGGCAAGCUAAACUUUUGAACACCUUUGAUAAGUUAUCGCGGGAUUUUCGUGCUUUUCGGGCGUCGUGUUUGGAAGAGGCGCUAUUUUCCAAUAGAUGGACGAUGGGGGUGCCCUCUGAUGCAAGCCCGGAGAGUGGCCCUCUGCCAGAGGUGCUGCGCCGGCUGCAGGAGCACUCGCCACCGCCCGACCCGGAGACUCUGCGUGACUGCUACCCGCAGCAGUGGGCGCAGCUAGCUGAGCUGGUGCAGCGAGCCGCUGGCACUGGGGAGAGCAACUCGGCCAUCAUCGUCGGUCCCCGCGGCGUCGGAAAAACGGCGCUGUUAAACUGCGUGCUCUCGGAGACGGGCGCCGGCACCGACGGCCGCUCGGUGCUCGUCAGGCUGCACGGCCUGCUGCAGACCGACGACAGGGCGGCCAUCCGGCACAUCACGGCGCAGCUCAAACUUGAGUCGGCCGUCGGUGACCGGGUGUUCGGCAGCUUCGCCGAGAACCUGUCGUUCCUUCUGAAGGCGCUGCGCGGCGGCAACAAGGAGGAGUCGAAGACGGUGGUGUUUGUGCUGGAGGAGUUCGACCUGUUCUGUCAGCACAAGAACCAGACGCUGCUCUAUAACCUGUUCGACGUGGCCCAGUCGGCCCAGGCGCCGAUCUGCGUGCUGGGCCUGACGGCGCGCCUGGACGUGCUCGAGCUGAUGGAGAAGCGCGUCAAGUCGCGCUUCUCGCACCGCCAGCUGUACCUGUACGGCGUCUCGUCGGUGGAGGCUCUGGCGGCCGUGACUCGCUCCUACUUGUGGCUGCCGCCGACGGUCACCGCCGCCGCCCGCUGGAACCGCAGCGUGGAGCGGCUGCUGCAGGAGCGGCAGCUGACUGCCGCGCUCAGGAGCGUGCACGAGCGUACCAGGAGCGUCAGGGACCUGAAACUGCUGCUGCGUCACGUGGUGUUACGUCUGUGGCGCGAGGGUCGCUCCACCCCUGAGGCGGCCGAUUUUACCGCUGCGGUGACGACUAUGUCGUUCGAUGGACGCGCCGCCAUGCUGCAGGGGCUCUCAGUACUCGAACUCUGUUUGGUGGUGGCGAUGCGGCACCUGACACAGGUGUACGACGAGCCCUUCAACUUCGAGAUGGUGCUCAGGGAGUACGGCAAGUUCGCCGGCCGAAAGUCCACCUUCCAGUCCUUCACCAGGCCCGUGGUGAUGAAGGCCUACGAAAACCUGCAGAACCUGGAGCUGAUCCGGCCGGCCGACGGUGGCGCCUCUCGCGGCCAAAAGGAGUACCAGCUGUUCUGGCUGGCCGCCACCGCCCAGGAGGUGGCUGCUGCAGUGAAGAGGCCCGGUGCCGUGCCCACAGAGGUGGCCCAGUGGGCUGACAGUGCUCUGAUCUGAGCCAGACGACGGUGAACCGUAUGGUCUGUGAUGGCCUGGUGUUCGAGCAGCCGCAUGGCCUUUGGACGGGGCUGAGUGAUGCAACAGUCUGGUCUGUUCCGAGUCGAUUGGUUGUCGACUGGUCCGGUCUAGUUCUGUGAACUAGCUGUCUGAUUUGGUCUGAUUCUAACGCGUCAGACUGCACUGUUGACCGGGGCACCCAUGCUGAUGUGUGAGCCAGUCCAUCUCCGAUGUUUGACGCUCAGACUGUUGCCAUUUGUGUCCCAUACCGAGCAUGCAUGACAGCGAUGUAUUGUUCUUCAGUCGUCCUUGCUACUCUAGUGCGUUGGUGGCCCUGCCCUUGGUGGCUUUGCGUAGAAAGCCAAGCUCAGACAUCAGGCAAGCGCACGUACAAAGUCCCAGUCAGCCAUUCCAUGUCGUCUUUUUUUUAACUCGCCGUUUCUCAGCGCGCCUGGUGCGCCGCCCCCAUGCAGCUGAGACAGGCUGUUGCGGGCCGAUGGCGCGCCCUCCACCGCUUGGGAGGCGCGACUUAUGUGAUAUCUGCGGGGAUAGCGAAGUGCGCAAUGUCGCAGCUACGUGAUGUCAUCCUGGGACCAAGAAGGCAGGGAAUGUCGUUUGUAUGAGCUCAUGUUUUUGAUUCCUUGGUGUAUGUAUGUGCGUCUUUGUAAGAAAAUAAAGAAACGAUACCGUU